AUGGCUUCCACUACCAGCAUCCGCCAAUUUUCAACCUCCAGCUCCGUGAAGGGCCUUUGUGCUCCUGGCGGCGGCGGGUUCUCCCGGAUGUCCUCUGUCCGUGUUGGGGGUGCCUGCCGGGCUCCCAGCCUCUUGGGAGGUGGCAGCUGUGGCAAUAUGUCGGUCACAUCCUCCCGCUUCUCGGCAGGCUUGGGAAGUGGCUAUGGUGGCGGCUACACCUGCAGCCUGGGCGGGGGCUUCGGCUCUAGUUUUGGUGUGUCCGAUGCCCUUCUAGGGGGCAAUGAGAAGGAGACCAUGCAGAACCUCAAUGACAGGCUGGCCACCUACCUGGACCGGGUGCAUGCCCUGGAGGAGGCCAAUACUGACCUGGAGGUGAAGAUCCGUGACUGGUACAAGAAGCAGGGCCCCGGACCCGCUCGUGACUACAGCCCCUACUUCAAGACCAUAGAGGACCUGCGGAACAAGAUCCUGGCAGCCACAAUUGACAAUGCCAGCAUCGUGCUGCAGAUCGACAAUGCUCGCCUGGCGGCCGAUGACUUCCGUACCAAGUACGAGACAGAGCUGAACCUGCGUAUGAGCGUGGAGGCCGACAUCAAUGGCCUGCGCAGGGUGCUGGAUGAGCUGACCCUGUCCAGAGCCGACCUGGAGAUGCAGAUUGAGAGCCUCAAGGAGGAGCUGGCCUACCUGAAGAAGAACCAUGAGGAGGAAAUGAAUGCCCUUCGUGGCCAGGUGGGCGGGGACGUCAGCGUGGAGAUGGACGCGGCCCCGGGUGUGGACCUGAGCCGCAUCCUGAAUGAGAUGCGAGACCAGUACGAGAAGAUGGCGGAGAAGAACCGGAAGGAUGCUGAGGACUGGUUCUUCACCAAGACGGAGGAGCUGAACCGUGAGGUGGCCACUAACACGGAGGCCCUGCAGAGCAGCCGGACGGAGAUCACGGAGCUCCGCCGUUCUGUCCAGAACCUGGAGAUUGAGCUGCAGUCCCAGCUCAGCAUGAAAGCAUCGCUGGAGAACAGCCUGGCAGAGACAGAGGCACGCUAUGGGGCACAGCUGGCGCAGCUGCAGGGCCUCAUUAGCAGUGUGGAACAGCAGCUGUGUGAGCUACGCUGUGACAUGGAAAGGCAGAACCAUGAGUACCAGGUGCUGCUGGAUGUGAAGACCCGGCUGGAGCAGGAGAUCGCCACUUACCGCCGCCUGCUGGAGGGAGAGGAUGCCCACCUGGCUACUCAAUACUCCUCCUCCUUGGCCUCCCAACCUUCCCGAGAAGCCAUGGUGACCAGCCGCCAGGUGCGCACCAUCGUGGAAGAAGUCCAGGAUGGCAAGGUGGUCUCCUCCCGAGAACAGGUGCACCGCUCCACCCACUGA